GGGCGGGACUAGAGAUUCCGACUCGUCCCCAUGGCCGCGGCGCCGGAGCCGGGCGAGCCCGAGAAAGGGAAGUCCUUCAAGCUCCUAGGAAUUUUAGAUGUUGAGAACAUUCCCUGUGCACGGGACUCAGUAUUAUACGGUUCGUUAGGAUCAGUUGCGGCUGGCCUUGGACAUUUCCUGUUAACUAGCAGAAUUAGAAGAUCAUGUGAUGUUGGAGUAGGAGGAUUUAUCGUGGUGACUUUAGGAUACUGGUUCCAUUGUAGGUAUAAUUAUGCAAAGCAAAGAAUCCAGGAAAGAAUUGCCAGAGAAGGAAUUAAAAAUAAGAUUUUAUAUGAAAGUACCCACCUUGAUCCUGAAAGAAAACAAAGCAACGGCAGCAACUGAACGGGGUCUCGAGCACAGAAACCCAAACACAACUCAGUGAUGUUGGUGUGGACAAAGCUGCAAUCAACUAUGUACGUCGUAUGUACCACACGGAGGCUUUCAACUGAGUAAAUAAAGUAUGUGUUUAAGUUGUA